AUGGCGGACGAACAAGAUGAAAAAUUCAAACGAUUAAAAGCGAUACGAGCGGGUAACCGCGGGGUAUUAACGAAGUACACGAAAGAAGCGAUGGAGUUAUUGAAUGGAGAGGAAAGAUCAACGUUUAUAAGCGAAAGAUUGAAUACGGUCGGUAGAUUAUUAAACGAAAAAAUCGAGAAAGUAAGGGACCUAGAUAGUCAGAUUCUAGAGUUAUGCGACGUGGCUGAAAUUGUACAAGAAAUAGAGGAAUCAGAGGAGGUGUAUUCGCGAGCAUGUGAUGUAAAGGCGAAGAUUACGAAGUUUACAAACGAAUUAAUCGAUAAAACAAGCAAAGACACGGGACAAAUUACGACGACUCAAGAUAGCGAAACCACUUUUGUGCCGAGUUCACCUCAGAGCACGAAUUUAGUGCAGAACACGAACACGCAAAUAACGGACACGAAUUCAAUCCAGAACACGAACACGCAAAUAACGGACACGAAUUCAAUCCAGAACUCGAACGCGCAAAUACCGGUCACGAGCAUGCAAAAUUCCGUUAGAUCGAAACUUCCGAAGCUAACAUUGCCCAAAUUCAAGGGCGAUGUGACCACUUACAAAUCAUUUUGGCAGAUAUUUGAAAGCACGGUGGAUAAGAACGCUCAGUUGACGAGCAUCGACAAGUUCAAUUAUUUGGUGUCCCUACUGGAGGGGCAAGCCCUUCGUUCUAUAAAGGGCCUCGCAAUAACCGAAGAUAAUUACCAGGCAGCGUUAGAUAUUCUGCAAGAACGAUAUGGCAACUCACAGCAAAUUAUCUCAGCCCACAUGGAUGACUUACUCAAAUUACAACCGUGUAGUGGAGAAAAGGCAAGUCAGUUACGGUACAUCUACGAUAAAGUCAGUGUAAAUGUACGAGCUUUGGAGGCGCUGGGGGUUCAUAGUGACCAAUACGGCAGCUUAUUAAUACCUGUCAUAAUGUCUAAGUUGUCGAGUGAUGUACGGCUACAGAUUGCGAGAAAUACAAGGAAGGAUGUGUGGGCGAGAUUAUUCGAAAAGAGGUAG